AUGGUUCUCCAAUCGAUCCAAACCGCCUUCCAAAAGUACAUUGCCGCGCCGACGCCGUGCUCGAAGCGGCGGCCGAUGAUUCCGUCGCCGCUGAUCGGAUGUCCCGAGGUCGGCGUCGUGUACGGCGCCCGUUUCCGACGCGCCGGUUAUUGCUACCGUUUCCGUCCGGACAGCCACCUCGAGUACGAGCGCCAGAUGGCCGACUUCGAGGUGCCGAAGAAGAAGAUUCUGAAGAGAGACAUGGAAAAAAUCGACGCGCUCCUGCCCAUCGACAUCUUGUUGCGUUCGCUUCAAGAGCAGGCCGAGCGAAUUCCACCGCCGCCCGACCCGAUUCCAAUCCGUCUCAAAAUGCUGCCGCAGCUCCGGCGUGUCAAGUGCAAACGAUACUUCCGCAAGCGAUACGUGGACGAGCCCUACAAACGGCAGCCGCUGCGACUGCCCGAGCGCGGUCAGCUCAUCGCCAGACAAAUCACCAUCGAGCAGAUUCUGAAGUCGGCGCACUUUGGCGCGAGGGCCGCCAAUCCGAAGAUGGUGGCGCUGAUGCUUGUGACGCGGAUCUUGCAGAGACCGCCCGACAGCGCGAGAAUCGACGCGUCGCAACUGAUAGCGCAACGUCGCGGACUCCUACACCGGUCAGUUUCUUUAUUUUUUUGUGUGUGUUGUUGGUCGACACGACCUUAUCAGCAACAGAAACAAUCGUUAUCAGUAAACGUUUUCAGCGAGGAAGGUCUCCGAUGGCUGCAACUGUUCCUGCCGGGCGCGUGCGAGAGCAACCCGAAAAUCCCGGCGGCGUUCCGCAUGUUCGACCACACCGACGAAGGCAUUCCCGAGGAGAUCAUCGCGAAACGACCGCAAUACCAUCAGAUGCUCAACACUUAUCAGUUCCGUGUCCUCGCGAAACGAUGUGCGUGCGGUGGAAACGCCGAUUUGGAGGAACGCUUUUUGCUCGGAGAGAUCAUCGGACUCUCCGAAAAAGAGGUUGACGGAUCUGUUCUCCGGGUUUCUUUUAAAUUUCCCGCAUUUUCAGGUACAAAAACAUCUUCAAGACUUGCGAACGAUCGAUGAAGAUGAGGACGAGGAAGAGGAAGAGGAAGAGGAGGAGGAGGAGGACGAUGUGGAGGACGAGAAAUCCGGAGAGUUCCGAGAGACGAGCCGUCCCAAAAGUCCACUAAUGACUCUGUGCGAAGACUGA